AUGGUCUGCAAGACGCGCAGACCAGCCCGGGUGCUGGUCAUCAACCCCAACACGAGCGCCUCCCUUACCAAAAGCUUCGAACCGGUUCUCGCAAGCCUCAGCUUGCCUGACACGACGCUCACAUACUGGACGUGUCCGACGGGCCCAUCACUUAUCAAGACACAAGCCGACAUGUACGAAAGCGCAUCACACUGCAUACCUCUGCUCCGCGCCAUGGCAGACGACUUUGACGGGUUCCUGGGAGCGUGCUACGCUGACCACCCCGUCGUCCGCCUGCUGCAGUCAUACGUUGGCAGCAAGCCCGUCGUGGGCAUCUUUGACGCGAGCAUACUGGCAGCCCUGCAGCUCGUGGGCCCGAGCACGAGGUUCGGCAUUGUGACGACAGGUGUGGCGUACGAAGAGCUGCUAUCCGAAGGCGUCAGGCACUUGCUGCGACGCGACGAGGAGGUGCUUGCCAGGUUCGGAGGUGUUGCAGCCUCGGGAGUCGGCCUGAUGGACCUUCAACCAGGAUCGGAAGCCGGCGCUCGAGAGAAGAUUAUGGGUGCCACGUGCCGACUCUUGACGACGAAAGAAGGCGAGGAUAACAUCGAGGUCGUUAGUAUGGGCGGCGUCAUCCUCACGGGGAUGGAACGCUGGGUUCACGAAGCCAGCGAGCUCGCAUUGGGUGUCGAAGCCAGCAGGAGGAUCAAGGUCAUCGACCAGCUGCUCGCAGGCAUGCUGACGCUCGACGCUCUUCUCCAAGGUAAAUCGAUACACUCGGUAGACUAUAGCCAAGUAUUGAGGUGA